AUGUCUGACCCUUUUCAGUGUGCGCCGGAAUGUAAACGAGGCCCGUUCCUCUCUACUCAGGCAACAAAUCGACAUCGCGGGAGCUGCGAAGCUUGGAAUGCUUAUGUUGCAGCUCAAGCACUGAAACGUGGGUACGACGAAGUCAGUGGGGAGGAUGAGGAUCCAGCGAUCACCCGCCGAAAGAAGCAAAAGCGUAAGAAACUCGAACAGGCUGUGGCUCGUGCUGAAAGCCUUAGUCUCCCGCGGUCAAGUAUUAUUGCUACGCAUGCAAAGGCCUCUUCAAGUGCAGUAACCCUCGAGCAAUCAAAGGGUCCAGAGAUCGGGACAGCUGAACACCUUACUCCGAGAGCUCUUCUAUCUCCGGAACCAAAUAGUCCAGUAUACAUUGGGAUCGAUGGACAGCCUGAUGAACCAGAACUGGCUCCAGAGAUGACAGCUGCAGGUAGACCCAUCCGCUCUACUCGUGGUCAUUUGCCGGCCUGUUAUCUGGAUGUCCUUCCGCAAAGUGCUCCCGCGGUCGGGAGUUCACAGGUAGAGAAUGAAGAACAGCCUGCAGAACAGCAGAAUUCACCUCUUACACUUCCCCGUAUCAUUCUCAUUGUUCGUGACAAAUUGAAGACACAGCUGAACGUUUUUGGCUUAUGGCGCGAGUACCCGGAUCGACCUUCACAUGAUCCUGAUGGUGAGGUCGGGCUUGAGGACUUGUCGAAUCUUCCAUGUUCAGAAGAAUAUAGAGAUGAUGAACAUCCCGAGGAUGCUCGCGACGAUUCCCCUUUGAAUCCCACCCAAACUCUCCUCACAGGUUGGCAGAAUAAUGGAAACUCAACGAAAUCUAACAGCGAAAUGGAUGGACUCACACAUAUUCUGCAACGACCUGACUUUGAUGUCAAGGAACUCAAGGGAUAUAAUGCACAGGCUGCCAAUGAGAAGAUUACUAAAGCAGACGAGGAUUGGGAACAUAAUCGAUUUAAAGACUCUUUUAUUGAGACUGCCAUUGAAAUUGAAGUCCCAUCCGUCAUCCGUGCAGCAUUCGCAGAUCGUUUAGCCAGUCAAUUUCACUUCGCACCCUUCAAACUGUUCCAAGAGAUUGAGGAUGAUAAUGGGGAGACUAUUUCACAACGGGUACAAACCGACAUCUAUAAUUCCGAUGUGUUCCUGGAAGAGCACAAAAAUCUUCGCCGUGCACCCACCGAUGACAAGGACUGCAAACGAGAGAAGGUUGUUGCUGCCCUCAUGUGCUGGUCAGAUGCUACGCAGCUUGCCAACUUCGGAACUGCAAAGCUAUGGCCUAUCUACAUGCUCUUUGGUAACCUCUCGAAAUAUAUCCGCGCUUCACCAAACUCAGGUGCCGUUCAUCAUCUCGCCUAUAUACCAACAAUCCCAGACUCAGUUAAGCACGAGAUAUCAAAAUUCAAUGUUAACUGGAAAACGCAGGCAAAGGAAAUCAUCGCACACUGUAACCGGGAGUUAUACCAUGCAGUGUGGAGAUUUCUUCUGAACGAUGCAUUCCUUCAUGCGUACAAAUAUGGUAUUGUUAUCAAAUGCUUUGAUGGAGUUGAGCGUCGUGUCUAUCCCCGGUUCUUCACAUAUUCAGCAGAUUAUCCCGAGAAGGUUCUUCUUGCAACUAUUCGUGAACGUGGACUUUGUCCAUGCCCUCGUUGCUUAUGUCCAAAGGAAGCUCUCGAUCGGAUGGGCUUGCAUCAGGACAUGAAGAUGCGUGAUAAAUUACGGGUUUUUCUGCAUGAUAAAGUUAAGCUCACCAGGGAAUGGAUAUAUGAACAAGGGAUCAAAAUUCAAGGAAGUGCUGUUCAGCGUAUUCUGAAGGCUACUUCUUCUGUCCCAACCAUGAAUGCUUUCAUGGGACGUCUAGGAUUAGAUUUCAAUCUUUCGCGUAUGCUCGUUGUUGAUCUUAUGCAUGAAUUUGAACUUGGAGUGUGGAAGGCCUUAUUUUCUCAUCUUAUCCGAAUCCUCUAUGCCGUUGGCCAACAAUAUGUCGAAGAGCUGAAUCACAGGUUCCGACAAAUGCCCACCUUCGGCUUUGAUACCAUUCGCACUUUUGCCAACAAUGCUUCAGAAAUGAAGAAGUUGGCUGCACGAGACUUUGAAGAUUUGUUACAGUGCGCUAUUCCAGUAUUUGAAGGACUACUACCAGGACCAGUCAAUUCAAAGCUCAUGACAUUAUUGUAUCGAGCUGCAGAGUGGCAUGCUCUUGCAAAGCUCAGGAUGCACACUGAGAAGACACUGGACUAUAUGGAAACACUCACAUACGAAUUUGGAAAACUAAUGCGUCAAUUCCAGGACCUCUCCAAUAACUCAUUUCAAACAUACGAGACUGAUCGCGAAACAACUGCCCGUUAUCGCCGGAAGGAAAAGGAAGCUAUCGCAGCUGGGGCUAGUCAGCAACAUGAAAAUUCAGGACGAAGACGUAAAUUUCUCAAUCUGUUAACAUACAAGUGGCAUGCAUUAGCAGACUAUAUCUGUUCAAUUCGCUGGUUCGGGCCAACAGAUAGUUUCUCGACGCAGCUAGGCGAGUUGGCGCAUCGAGUUGUGAAGAAGCUCUAUAGUCUGGGUAAUAAAAAGAAGGACCCUAGACAGAUUGGUCGCAGGCUUCGUCGUUUGGAAUGGGCAAAACGAGCUGCUGAUCGACGUGGAAUUCAUACAAAGCGGCGACGUCAACAAAGGAUAUUGAAUGCUGGCAAUGCAGCUGAACUAUUAGCAGCUCACCAUCACAUCGGCCUAUCUGCUAAGAACAAGCACAACAUUGGAUCUUUUGUAAAGGCGCACUAUGAUGAUCCCGCAGCUCAGGUUUCUUUCCAAUUCACUCGCACUCUGGAUAUAUUGCUUAACGCAUCCAAUUAUUGUCAGAAUUUCUAUCCCAAGCUACAAGAUCACCUUCUGGGAAGAUUAAUGGACCGCAAAUUCGACGGUGACACACACGAAUCCUUCACUGAUGCAGAUCGGAACCAUAUUCGCUUGAAAGGAGGCUCGUUCAUCUCACUGAAAACAUGCCGCAUCAAUUACACUACCUACGACGUCAGACGAGACCAGGACACUAUAAAUCCAAGUAACCACGCAGAUGUAAUGAUGCUUUCAGGUGAGGAUGCAGCAGGUGCUCAUCCAUAUUGGUAUGCCCGUGUUCUUGGAAUAUUUCGCGCAACCACUAUUUCUAGUCAUCCUAAUGCCAGUACAACAAAAUCUGGACCGGUGGAAAUGGAAUUCCUUUGGGUUCGCUGGCUUGGUAUUGACCCAGGACAUCAAUCGGGGUCCCGUAAUGCACGGUUGCCCAAGGUUGGGUUUGUCCCAGAAAGUGAUCCCUUCGCGUUUGGAUUUCUGGACCCAGCUCAUGUUAUUCGAGGAUGCCACCUAAUGCCUGCUUUCAGUGAUGGUCGGACAUCGGAGCUCCUUGAGACUGAAAAACCCACGGUAGCACGGAAGGAAGGAGAGAAAGACGAUUGGGCAUAUUUCUAUGUAGGAAUUUUCGUGGAUCGGGAUAUGUUCAUGCGUUACUUCCCAGGAGGUGGUGUUGGUCAUGUUGCCAAUCGGAAAUUCUUCAAGCAAGGCGAAGACAGUACUAAUGACAACGAUAUAUCCAGCAUUAGUAGUGAUCUAGGUGCCGAUGAGCUAGAUGUGCUGGAUACAGAAGAAAUCAGCUUGGAGGAGAUGUCUGAGGACAGUUCUGAUGAUGAUCUUGGAGAUGAACAGGGUGAUAGCAAUGAUGAUGACGACGAUGAUCUAGAUGUCGGUGGGGAUGACUGGCAGUGGGAUGACGGGUAUGGAUCCCCAUAA